GUUCUUUCAAUCGCCUGAUAGACUGGUUAGAGAUCUUCAAUCUACGUUGUUGAUGUGUUGAUUUCGUCAAAAAGAUCAAUUCUAAACGAUCCGGAAACAAUACAAACCGAAGAUGGUGUCACUCAUGAAUCAACACACAAUUAUUUCACAAAAACAAUCUGAAGAGAUUGGUAGUAACUCUAUGUUAAAAGAAUUUGUUUCAAGUUUAGGCACUGACAUAAACAGUAUCAGUUCAGAUGGAAAGGCUCCUUUACAUCUGUAUGCGGAGACCAACAAUACAGUGUUGGGGGCACUGUCAUUACACGGAGGAGCAGACGUUAAUGUCAAAACAAAAGAUAAUGGUCUAGGAAAAACGCCUUUAUAUAUCAGCGCUGAAAAGGGUCACAAAGAGUUUGUUGAACUUCUGUUGAAAUGGAAAGCAAAUGUAAAUGAACGAAAUGGUAUUGAUCAUAAUACAGCUUUGCAUGCGUGUGUAGGCUUUAAGCAUGAAUAUGAAGAUAUAGCAAUGAUUCUGCUGGAUGCAGGCGUUGAUGUAAAUAUGGCUAACAGGGAAGGUAAAACAGCUUUACAUUUUGCUGCUCAUUAUGGAAGUAUGAGACUCGUCAAACUGCUUAUACAAAGAGGCGCGCAUAUUUAUAGAGUUGAUAAAAAUCAUCAAACUGUUUUACAUUACUGUGCAGGCGCUGGAAGAAACGAUAUAGUAGAUUUUAUACUUGAAGCUGUAGCCUCGGCAGAGAAAACAGCUUUACAUAACGCUGUCAAAAGCUGUGAUUUUGAUACAUAUUUAAUGCUGCUAGGACGUACACCUUUACUUGACACCACAGACGUCUAUGGUAAAACAGCUUUACACUACAGCGUACAGGAUGAAAAUAUCGUCUUAACAGAAACUCUGUUGAAAACAAAUGCUGCAAUAAAUAUCAGUGACAAAGAAGGUAAAACAGCUUUACACUGCAGCAUCGAACUAAAGGACGAAAACGUCAUUUUGACAGAAACUCUGUUGAGAGCUGACGCGGCGGUAAAUAUCAGAGACAAAGAUGGUCGAACAACUUUACACUAUGCAGUGAUAUUUGGGCUUAAGAAAACACUACAAACACUGCUGAAAUAUACAGAAUUUCUUAUAGUGGGAGACAAUUUCAACCAAACACCCUUACACUACAGCUCCAAGAAUGGUGACACAGAAAUCAUGAAGACGCUACUGGAUGCUGGAGCUUGCGUUAACUUCAGGGACCAUUAUGGAAGAACCCCAUUGCAUUAUUUCAAUAAGAAGAAUGCUUCUUCUGUCCUCGAACUACUAAUACUUUAUGGUGCUGACAUUAACGUUCUUGACUGUUUUUGUCGGACAGUCUUAGAUGUGGCUAUUUUUGAAAAUUGCUAUGGUGCUGUUGCAAUUCUAAAACAACAAUACAAUAAGGCAUUUAAAGAUCACCAAGAGAAAAUAAACCCUAUGUUGGACUGUUCAACAUUUCCAGAAGUAAAAUCAACUAUUGCUACAACACCGAUAGAUUGUGCUACAACGAUUCCAUGUGUUACUGAUGAUGUUAGUCCACGUUCUGAGGACACAACAAGCACAACAGCAGGUUCUAUCACAACAAUAGUUGUUACAACUCCAAGUACGGAUACAGCAUCAGAUACAAAUGUAACACCAACAGCUUGUACCACAACAGCUGACGCAACUCAUGAUACUACUAUAGUUACUGAUACUAUACCAGCUACUGAUACUAUACCUGCUACUGAUACUAUACCUGCUACUGAUACUAUACCUGCUACUGAUACUAUACCAGCGACAUUCACAACCACUAUAGCCUACACCACGUCUACACCAGCUACAAGUACAAACUCCACAAAGCAAAUUACCAGCUCCACAAAUACAUCAACAAACACCAUCAAAACUACACAGCUUAAACAGCCACAUAAGUCAACACAUAAAAUGUAUAAAAGACACCAAAAGUACAACUUCACACAGACAAAUCUUGAAACGUUGGGAGAGAAGGGUCAGCCAUGCUCUGGAAAACCUGGGGACGACUCAUGCAGUGGUAAAAAAAUGUUAUCUAGACUAGGUCAAACUAAAGGUAAUGUCAACAUUUUUAUCCUUGAAUCAGCAAGUAUAUAUUAUCGUAAAACUUGAAUCUGUUAAUUAUUGAGAUAAUACAACUAUUUUAUUUGUAUUUAGAUAAACAGGAUAUGCUGGUCGAACGAGAAAAGACUCCUAUCGAAAGUAUCUUCCAAAACAAAAGGAUAACAAGAAAUAAGGAUAAAAGAAAGAAAAUCUUUGAUCAAUUGAUGAGGCACCAUUAUAGUGAUGAUAUAAAAAAUCCCACAAAGAGUAUGAGAAACAGUUCGUCCAUUUAGCAGCCUAAAAAGAGCGACUAUAACCUGUUACGAGGUGGUUCAGCUGAUUAUCAAGAAGGUAGCGCAAAAUAUUCUAGAAAACGGAGGCAUCAAAUACAUAUGAAGGCCAAUAGUUACAGAAGAAAAUAUUUCUGGAAAUAUAAAACUUAUAAAACAUAUGAUAGGAAAAGAUUGAAAAAACCAAAUCUAAAAUCUACAAGCCUUGAUUUAAAAAAUUCUCCAAAGCCAAACACAUGGGAAUGGGGCGACAUGGAUUAUGUCAACGAAACAAAACAAACCAAAACACAAAUUCUAACACAGAAUGAAAUUUCCCUUCCAGUACAAACUGUGCUGGAUUCGGUUCAGUGGGCGCUCAGUACUGAAAUGACAAAAAAUAAUGGAAAUACAGUAAACACGAUUGUAAAUGUGAAUAUAAAUUACACUGCAAAAAUAAGGGACUGCAACGAGGUAAAUAUAGAGAACGUGAAGUACUUAGCCAUAGACGGCAAAUUUGGUGGGGAAGACAGGUAGGAGAGGAACAUUUUCAUUGGACAAAUCUGUAGCAGCGUGUGACAGUGCACUCGUGUGCUUAAAUCAGAUUUUGAUUAAGUUGUAUUAUAAUUGUUCUACUCAUUUUUAAUCUGUGUAAGCUGUUAUAAUUUAAACUAUUUUCUCUUUAAUAAAAGUA